AGUCUGCUUCUGUUAAGCUAACUGCAUCAGUUAGCUAUGGGUCAUCUAAAACUUAUAUUAAUUUUAACAUGGAUAAGUGGCAGCUAUACUGCAGGAAACAUUGACAACAGAUCUGAUUUUACUGAACGUGAUGGUGCUGUCAUAGCCUCUUGUGACUUCAACAACGAUGAGGACCCUUUCUGUAACUUCAGGCAAGACACUGCGGAUGACAGUGACUGGAUUCGCCAUAAGGGCCCCACCCCAACAUCUAACACUGGACCCAGUGGAGACUAUCCUGAUGGGACUGGAUAUUACAUCUACCAUGAGGCCGAUAAUGUUGCUAAUGGGAAGAAAGCACGCUUGCUGAGUCCUGUGAUUAACACUGCAUCAGCACAGAUCUGUGUACAGUUUAAGUACUACAUGUACGGUUCCGACGACAGCAACACCUUGACUGUGCUGGCUAAGCGAUCUGGCUCAGAGGAAAAUCUAUGGCGGAAAGUUGGAUUCCAGAGUCCGUCAUGGCUCGGAGCAGCUAUUACUGUGGCCAAACCAGCUGGAGAGCCUAUUGAAAUUGUGUUUGAAGCAAUGCGUGGGUUCUCCCCAUCAUGUGAUACAGCCCUGGAUAACAUUGACAUCACUGAGGGAGCUUGCCCUGGGUGUAUAGCUGAAUGUGAUUUUGAUGAACUGGAUAACCUCUGUGGCUGGACCAAUGAGGUGUCAGAUCCAUCCAUUCUAGGCUGGGAGUUCUGGAAUGGGCCCACUGAAACGCCUGAAACAGGUCCUGAUGAUGAUUUCUCCAAACCAGGCUUUGGAAACUACCUGUUUAUGGAUUCCUACUCCAGAGUCCCAGGAGCCUCAGCUCAGCUAUGGAGUCCAUCCACAGCUGUUCCUUCUUCUAAUUGCCUCCAGUUAAACUUCCAUUACUACUUGUAUGGCACUGCAGCAAACAUGGAGCUUAAUGUUCAUGUGGUCACCAGUGCUGGAGAACUGGGACCACCUAUUUUCAGUAUCAAAGGAAACCAAGGACAGGGGUGGAAACCAGCAGAAGUCCGUCAUAUUGGUGCGGGAAACGUUCAGUUUGUGAUUGUUGGUGUAUAUGGAGAGACUGACAAGACAGACAUUGCUAUAGACAGCGUCUGUAUAACAAGUUGUGAGGGUGUAAUACCAACAGUAAAGCCAACAACACCUGUUUCAACUCCAAAACCUUCAACUCCUCAGCCAUCCACACCUAAACCAUCAACAGCCCAACCAGCAACACCAAAACCCACCACAGCUGGCCCACCGACACCAAAGCCCUCGACACUCCAACCCACAACUCCAAAACCUACUACUACGUCAACAACACCCGUGAAGUGCCCUGAUAAUGCGGAGUACAUAGAGUGCGGUCCAGCUUGUAUUCCCAGCUGUAAAGAACCCUCCACCAACUGCACUGGCUCCUGUAUCAGCGGCUGCUUCUGCAAACCAGGUUUUGUGUUCCGGGGCAGACGCUGUAUUCCCAUUGAGCAGUGUGGAUGUCUGGAUGAUGACAACAACUACUAUGAGCCUGGAGAGAUUGUCUUUGGGAAUGGCUGCUCCAAGCUGUGUCGCUGUGCAGGCAAUUACACCCUGAGCUGUGUGGACAACACCUGUGACCCCACAGAAGAGUGUCGGGAAGUGGGAGGAGUCCAUGGCUGCUAUCCUAAAGACACCUCCAUCUGUAUUGCCUCAGCUGACCCCCACUACACCACCUUUGACAAGCGUAAUUAUGACUUCAUGGGCAACUGCACCUACUUGAUGUCUGAACCGUGCAACAGCACAGAUGUGCCCUACUUUGCUGUUUAUGCUGAGAAUGAGAAUCGUUUCAACAACCCCUGGGUCAGCUAUGUUAGUGCUGUCCAUGUCCACGUUCGGGGAGUAAAGGUGUCCAUCCUGAAAGGAGGAGUUGUGCAGCUGAACGGAACGAAUGUGAACAUUCCUUUGAGUCCGGUGUCUGGAGUAGAUGUUUUCAAAUCUGGGACACUCUACACAGUGGUCAUGGACUUUGGCGUAACUGUUCGUUAUGAUGGUAACCACUACAUGGACAUCAAAGUCAUCAAAGACUAUCAGGACAAGUUGUGUGGCCUGUGUGGUGACUAUAAUGGCAACUAUAAGGACGACUUCCGCACCCCCUCUGGUGAACUGGUCAACAAUCCAACUGAGUUUGGCAACAGCUGGAACACAGACCCUGACUGCAACAAGACCCCAGAGGUCCCACCCACUGGCUGCACAGAAACUGAACAGGACCUUUAUGAGAGUCCAGCAUACUGUGGUAUCAUACUGGACAGCAAUGGUCCAUUUGCUGUGUGCCACCCAAAAGUCAAUCCUAAUAGUUUCUUCAAAAACUGUGUAUAUGAUCUGUGUGCGCUGGGCGGCCCUCACUCUGCUUUGUGUGAAGCGAUUGAAGCCUACGUCAACGAGUGCCAGGACCGUGGGGUCAACAUCGGUGCCUGGAGAAACAGCACCUUCUGUCCUCUUGAUUGCCCAUCCAACAGCCACUACGACCCCUGCGUCUCCCCUUGCCAGCCUUCCUGUACACUUCCCCCACCCAGUCAGUGCACAGGGCCCUGCUCUGAGGGCUGUGUGUGUGACCCUGGCUACUUACUCAGUGGUGACAAGUGUGUGAAACAAGACACGUGUGGCUGCACGUAUAAUGGACAGUAUUACCAGCCUGGGCAGGAGUUCUACACUAAGGACUGUGAUCUGCUGUGCAAGUGUGAUCCCCCAUUCGUCACCUGCAGUGCUGCUGAAUGCCCACCCAUGCAGCAGUGUGGUGUGCAGGGAGGACAAAUAGGAUGUUACCCAGUUGAUUUUAAGGAUUGUAUCAUCUCUGGUGACCCCCAUUACAACACUUUUGAUGGUAAAUACUACUCCUUCAUGGGAACCUGCACCUACACGCUGGCCCGCACCUGCAGAAACAACACUGGCCCCUGGUUCUCUGUGGAGGGGAAGAAUGAAGAGAGAGGAGUCUCUGGUGUGUCGUAUCUGAGGAAGUUGUAUGUGACUGUCAAUGACAUCACUGUGACGAUGAUGAAGAGCAGAACCGUUUUGGUGAACGGACUGAAAGUAGGCCUUCCUCAUUCACCCUCUCCACUAAUCUCUCUGACCUUGGCUGGCCAGUAUGUCAUUCUCGCCACUCCCUUCGGCCUGGAGGUGCGCUGGGAUGGCAACCACUACGCUAAGAUCACUGUGCCCAGCACCUACUAUGAGCAGAUGUGCGGUCUGUGUGGAGACUAUAAUGGAAACCCCAACAACGACCUCACCAAGCCAGAUGGUUCUCUGGCUGACAGCGCAAACCAGUUUGGCAAUAGCUGGCAAACUGAUGAAGACGAAGAUGACACGUGCAAGCCUGUGAUUCCACCUGAGCCACCAUGUGACCCAAGCCUAGAGGCUGAAGUGUCCAAACCAGAGAACUGUGGGAAAAUCACAGACUCCACUGGACCAUUCAGGGAUUGCAUAAAGGUGGUGGACCCUCUGCCGUUCUUCCAGAGCUGUGUGUUUGAUAUGUGUCGCUAUCAGGGACUCCAACAAACCUUGUGUGAUCAGCUCCAGGCUUACACUGAUGCUUGUCUCAGUGCAGGAGCACCAGUUCACCAGUGGAGGGAGCCAGACUUCUGCCCUCUGGUUUGUCCUCCGAACAGCCACUACUCUACCUGUGUGAGUUCAUGUCCAGAGACGUGUGUAGGUGUGAGCGGACCCCCUGGCUGCGGAGAGAAGUGUGUUGAAGGCUGUGAAUGUGACCCCGGCUUUGUCCUGAGCGGCAGCCAGUGUGUUCCUCUCAAAGACUGUGGCUGUGUGGACUCUGAUGGCUCCUACCAUCCUCUAAACGAGAGCUGGUAUCUGAAGGACUGUGAGCAGCAGUGUGUGUGUCUGGGUGGAAAAAUCAUCCAGUGCUACAACACCAGCUGCCUCUCUACAGAGAGCUGCGUACUGCAAGAUGGAGAGUACAUCUGCAAACCGAAUGAUACAGCAUCAACACCACAGCCAACAACUCCAAAACCCACCACAGCUGGACCUUCGACACCAACACCCUCAACACCUCAACCAACAACUCCAAAACCUACUACUACAGCAACAACAGCACCUGUGAAGUGCCCUGAUAAUGCGGAGUACAUAGAGUGCGGUCCAGCUUGUAUUCCCAGCUGUAAAGAACCCUCCACCAACUGCACUGGCUCCUGUAUCAGCGGCUGCUUCUGCAAACCAGGUUUUGUGUUCCGGGGCAGACGCUGUAUUCCCAUUGAGCAGUGUGGAUGUCUGGAUGAUGACAACAACUACUAUGAGCCUGGAGAGAUUGUCUUUGGGAAUGGCUGCUCCAAGCUGUGUCGCUGUGCUGGCAAUUACACCCUGAGCUGUGUGGACAACACCUGUGACCCCACAGAAGAGUGUCGGGAAGUGGGAGGAGUCUAUGGCUGCUAUCCUAAAGACACCUCCAUCUGUAUCGCCUCGGCUGACCCCCACUACACCACCUUUGACAAGCGUAAUUAUGACUUCAUGGGCAACUGCACCUACUUGAUGUCUGAACCGUGCAACAGCACAGAUGUGCCUUACUUUGCUGUUUAUGCUGAGAAUGAGAAUCGCUUCAACAACCCCUGGGUCAGCUAUGUUAGUGCUGUCCAUGUCCACGUUCGGGGAGUGAAGGUGUCCAUCCUGAAAGGAGGAGUUGUGCAGCUGAACGGAACGAAUGUGAACAUUCCUUUGAGUCCGGUGUCUGGAGUAGAUGUUUUCAAAUCUGGGACACUCUACACAGUGGUCAUGGACUUUGGCGUAACUGUUCGUUAUGAUGGUAACCACUACAUGGACAUCAAAGUCAUCAAAGACUAUCAGGACAAGUUGUGUGGCCUGUGUGGUGACUAUAAUGGCAACUAUAAGGACGACUUCCGCACCCCCUCUGGUGAACUGGUCAACAGUCCAACUGAGUUUGGCAACAGCUGGAACACAGACCCUGACUGCAACAAGACCCCAGAGGUCCCACCCCCUGGCUGCACAGAAACUGAACAGGACCUUUAUGAGAGUCCAGCAUACUGUGGUAUCAUACUGGACAGCAAUGGUCCAUUUGCUGUGUGCCACCCAAAAGUCAAUCCUAAUAGUUUCUUCAAAAACUGUGUAUAUGAUCUGUGUGCGCUGGGCGGCCCUCACUCUGCUUUGUGUGAAGCGAUUGAAGCCUACGUCAACGAGUGCCAGGACCGUGGGGUCAACAUCGGUGCCUGGAGAAACAGCACCUUCUGUCCUCUCGAUUGCCCAUCCAACAGCCACUACGACCCCUGCGUCUCCCCUUGCCAGCCUUCCUGUACCCUUCCCCCACCCAGUCAGUGCACUGGACCCUGCUCUGAGGGCUGUGUGUGUGACCCUGGCUACUUACUCAGUGGUGACAAGUGUGUGAAACAAGACACGUGUGGCUGCACGUAUAAUGGACAGUAUUACCAGCCUGGGCAGGAGUUCUACACUAAGGACUGUGAUCUGCUGUGCAAGUGUAAUCCCCCAUUCGUCACCUGCAGUGCUGCUGAAUGCCCACCCAUGCAGCAGUGUGGUGUGCAGGGAGGACAAAUAGGAUGUUACCCAGUCGACUUCAAGGAUUGUAUCAUCUCUGGUGACCCCCAUUACAACACCUUUGAUGGUAAAUACUACUCCUUCAUGGGACUCUGCACCUACACGCUGGCCCGCACCUGCAGAAACAACACUGGCCCCUGGUUUUCAGUGGAAGGUAAGAAUGAGCAGAGAGGAGUCCCUGGUGUAUCGUAUCUCAAGAAGUUGUAUGUGACUGUUGAUGGCAUCACUGUGACGAUGAUGAAGAGCAAAACCAUUCUGGUGAACGGACUGAAAGUAGGCCUUCCUCAUUCACCCUCUCCACUAAUCUCUCUGACCUUGGCUGGGCAGUAUGUCAUUCUUACCACUCCCUUCGGCCUGGAGGUGCGCUGGGAUGGCAACCACUACGCUAAGAUCACGGUGCCCAGCACCUACUAUGAGCAGAUGUGCGGUCUGUGUGGAGACUACAAUGGAAACCCCAACAACGACUUCACCAAGCCAAAUGGUUCUCUGGCCAACAACGCAAACCAGUUUGGCAACAGCUGGCAGACUGACGAGGACGAAGAUGACACGUGCCAGUCUGAGGUCCCACCUGAACCAACAUGUGACCCAAGCCUGGAGGCUGAAGUGUCUAAACCAGAGAAAUGUGGGAAAAUCACAGACUCCACUGGACCAUUCAGGGAUUGUAUAAAGGUGGUGGACCCUCUGCCGUUCUUCCAGAGCUGUGUGUAUGAUAUGUGUCGCUAUCAGGGACUCCAACAAACCUUGUGUGAUCAGCUCCAAGCUUACACUGACGCUUGUCUCAGUGCAGGAGCACCAGUUCACCAGUGGAGGGAGCCAGACUUCUGCCCUCUGGUUUGUCCCCCGAACAGCCACUACUCUACAUGUGUGAGUUCUUGUCCAGAGACGUGUGUAGGUGUGAGCGGACCCCCUGGCUGCGGAGAGAAGUGUGUUGAAGGCUGUGAAUGUGACCCCGGCUUUGUCCUGAGCGGCAGCCAGUGUGUUCCUCUCAAAGACUGUGGCUGUGUGGACUCUGAUGGCUCCUACCAUCCUCUAAACGAGAGCUGGUAUCUGAAGGACUGUGAGCAGCAGUGUGUGUGUCUGGGUGGAAAAAUCAUCCAGUGCUACAACACCAGCUGCCUCUCUACAGAGAGCUGCGUACUGCAAGAUGGAGAGUACAUCUGCAAACCGAAUGAUACAGCAUCAACACCUCAACCAACAACUCCAAAACCCACCACAGCUGGACCUUCGACACCAACACCCUCAACACCUCAACCGACAACCCCAAAACCAAGUACAACAACAACAGCACCAGUGAAGUGCCCUGAUAAUGCGGAGUACAUAGAGUGCGGUCCAGCUUGUAUUCCCAGCUGUAAAGAACCCUCCACCAACUGCACUGGCUCCUGUAUCAGCGGCUGCUUCUGCAAACCAGGUUUUGUGUUCCGGGGCAGCCGCUGUAUUCCCAUUGAGCAGUGUGGAUGUCUGGAUGAUGACAACAACUACUAUGAGCCUGGAGAGAUUGUCUUUGGGAAUGGCUGCUCCAAGCUGUGUCGCUGUGCAGGCAAUUACACCCUGAGCUGUGUGGACAACACCUGUGACCCCACAGAAGAGUGUCGGGAAGUGGGAGGAGUCUAUGGCUGCUAUCCUAAAGACACCUCCAUCUGUAUUGCUUCAUCUGACCCCCACUACACCACCUUUGACAAGCGCAGUUAUGACUUCAUGGGCAACUGCACCUACUUGAUGUCUGAACCGUGCAACAGCACAGAUGUGCCUUACUUUGCUGUUUAUGCUGAGAAUGAGAAUCGCUUCAACAACCCCUGGGUCAGCUAUGUUAGUGCUGUCCAUGUCCACGUUCGGGGAGUGAAGGUGUCCAUCCUGAAAGGAGGAGUUGUGCAGCUGAACGGAACGAAUGUGAACAUUCCUUUGAGUCCGGUGUCUGGAGUAGAUGUUUUCAAAUCUGGGACACUCUACACAGUGGUCAUGGACUUUGGCGUAACUGUUCGUUAUGAUGGUAACCACUACAUGGACAUCAAAGUCAUCAAAGACUAUCAGGACAAGUUGUGUGGCCUGUGUGGUGACUAUAAUGGCAACUAUAAGGACGACUUCCGCACCCCCUCUGGUGAACUGGUCAACAAUCCAACUGAGUUUGGCAACAGCUGGAACACAGACCCUGACUGCAACAAGACCCCAGAGGUCCCACCCCCUGGCUGCACAGAAACUGAACAGGACCUUUAUGAGAGUCCAGCAUACUGUGGUAUCAUACUGGACAGCAAUGGUCCAUUUGCUGUGUGCCACCCAAAAGUCAAUCCUAAUAGUUUCUUCAAAAACUGUGUAUAUGAUCUGUGUGCGCUGGGCGGCCCUCACUCUGCUUUGUGUGAAGCGAUUGAAGCCUACGUCAACGAGUGCCAGGACCGUGGGGUCAACAUCGGUGCCUGGAGAAACAGCACCUUCUGUCCUCUCGAUUGCCCAUCCAACAGCCACUACGACCCCUGCGUCUCCCCUUGCCAGCCUUCCUGUACCCUUCCCCCACCCAGUCAGUGCACUGGACCCUGCUCUGAGGGCUGUGUGUGUGACCCUGGCUACUUACUCAGUGGUGACAAGUGUGUGAAACAAGACACGUGUGGCUGCACGUAUAAUGGACAGUAUUACCAGCCUGGGCAGGAGUUCUACACUAAGGACUGUGAUCUGCUGUGCAAGUGUAAUCCCCCAUUCGUCACCUGCAGUGCUGCUGAAUGCCCACCCAUGCAGCAGUGUGGUGUGCAGGGAGGACAAAUAGGAUGUUACCCAGUCGACUUCAAGGAUUGUAUCAUCUCUGGUGACCCCCAUUACAACACCUUUGAUGGUAAAUACUACUCCUUCAUGGGACUCUGCACCUACACGCUGGCCCGCACCUGCAGAAACAACACUGGCCCCUGGUUUUCAGUGGAAGGUAAGAAUGAGCAGAGAGGAGUCCCUGGUGUAUCGUAUCUCAAGAAGUUGUAUGUGACUGUUGAUGGCAUCACUGUGACGAUGAUGAAGAGCAAAACCAUUCUGGUGAACGGACUGAAAGUAGGCCUUCCUCAUUCACCCUCUCCACUAAUCUCUCUGACCUUGGCUGGGCAGUAUGUCAUUCUUACCACUCCCUUCGGCCUGGAGGUGCGCUGGGAUGGCAACCACUACGCUAAGAUCACAGUGCCCAGCACCUACUAUGAGCAGAUGUGCGGUCUGUGUGGAGACUACAAUGGAAACCCCAACAACGACUUCACCAAGCCAAAUGGUUCUCUGGCCAACAACGCAAACCAGUUUGGCAACAGCUGGCAGACUGACGAGGACGAAGAUGACACGUGCCAGUCUGAGGUCCCACCUGAACCAACAUGUGACCCAAGCCUGGAGGCUGAAGUGUCUAAACCAGAGAAAUGUGGGAAAAUCACAGACUCCACUGGACCAUUCAGGGAUUGUAUAAAGGUGGUGGACCCUCUGCCGUUCUUCCAGAGCUGUGUGUAUGAUAUGUGUCGCUAUCAGGGACUCCAACAAACCUUGUGUGAUCAGCUCCAAGCUUACACUGACGCUUGUCUCAGUGCAGGAGCACCAGUUCACCAGUGGAGGGAGCCAGACUUCUGCCCUCUGGUUUGUCCCCCGAACAGCCACUACUCUACAUGUGUGAGUUCUUGUCCAGAGACGUGUGUAGGUGUGAGCGGACCCCCUGGCUGCGGAGAGAAGUGUGUUGAAGGCUGUGAAUGUGACCCCGGCUUUGUCCUGAGCGGCAGCCGGUGUGUUCCUCUCAAAGACUGUGGCUGUGUGGACUCUGAUGGCUCCUACCAUCCUCUAAAUGAGAGCUGGUAUCUGAAGGACUGUGAGCAGCAGUGCGUGUGUCUGGGUGGAAAAAUCAUCCAGUGCUACAACACCAGCUGCCUCUCUACAGAGAGCUGCGUACUGCAAGAUGGAGAGUACAUCUGCAAACCGAAUGAUACAGCAUCAACACCUCAACCAACAACUCCAAAACCCACCACAGCUGGACCUUCGACACCAACACCCUCAACACCUCAACCGACAACCCCAAAACCAACUACAACAACAACAGCACCAGUGAAGUGCCCUGAUAAUGCGGAGUACAUAGAGUGCGGUCCAGCUUGUAUUCCCAGCUGUAAAGAACCCUCCACCAACUGCACUGGCUCCUGUAUCAGCGGCUGCUUCUGCAAACCAGGUUUUGUGUUCCGGGGCAGACGCUGUAUUCCCAUUGAGCAGUGUGGAUGUCUGGAUGAUGACAACAACUACUAUGAGCCUGGAGAGAUUGUCUUUGGGAAUGGCUGCUCCAAGCUGUGUCGCUGUGCAGGCAAUUACACCCUGAGCUGUGUGGACAACACCUGUGACCCCACAGAAGAGUGUCGGGAAGUGGGAGGAGUCUAUGGCUGCUAUCCUAAAGACACCUCCAUCUGUAUUGCCUCGGCUGACCCCCACUACACCACCUUUGACAAGCGCAGUUAUGACUUCAUGGGCAACUGCACCUACUUGAUGUCUGAACCGUGCAACAGCACAGAUGUGCCUUACUUUGCUGUUUAUGCUGAGAAUGAGAAUCGCUUCAACAACCCCUGGGUCAGCUAUGUUAGUGCUGUCCAUGUCCACGUUCGGGGAGUGAAGGUGUCCAUCCUGAAAGGAGGAGUUGUGCAGCUGAACGGAACGAAUGUGAACAUUCCUUUGAGUCCGGUGUCUGGAGUAGAUGUUUUCAAAUCUGGGACACUCUACACAGUGGUCAUGGACUUUGGCGUAACUGUUCGUUAUGAUGGUAACCACUACAUGGACAUCAAAGUCAUCAAAGACUAUCAGGACAAGUUGUGUGGCCUGUGUGGUGACUAUAAUGGCAACUAUAAGGACGACUUCCGCACCCCCUCUGGUGAACUGGUCAACAAUCCAACUGAGUUUGGCAACAGCUGGAACACAGACCCUGACUGCAACAAGACCCCAGAGGUCCCACCCCCUGGCUGCACAGAAACUGAACAGGACCUUUAUGAGAGUCCAGCAUACUGUGGUAUCAUACUGGACAGCAAUGGUCCAUUUGCUGUGUGCCACCCAAAAGUCAAUCCUAAUAGUUUCUUCAAAAACUGUGUAUAUGAUCUGUGUGCGCUGGGCGGCCCUCACUCUGCUUUGUGUGAAGCGAUUGAAGCCUACGUCAACGAGUGCCAGGACCGUGGGGUCAACAUCGGUGCCUGGAGAAACAGCACCUUCUGUCCUCUCGAUUGCCCAUCCAACAGCCACUACGACCCCUGCGUCUCCCCUUGCCAGCCUUCCUGUACCCUUCCCCCACCCAGUCAGUGCACUGGACCCUGCUCUGAGGGCUGUGUGUGUGACCCUGGCUACUUACUCAGUGGUGACAAGUGUGUGAAACAAGACACGUGUGGCUGCACGUAUAAUGGACAGUAUUACCAGCCUGGGCAGGAGUUCUACACUAAGGACUGUGAUCUGCUGUGCAAGUGUAAUCCCCCAUUCGUCACCUGCAGUGCUGCUGAAUGCCCACCCAUGCAGCAGUGUGGUGUGCAGGGAGGACAAAUAGGAUGUUACCCAGUCGACUUUAAGGAUUGUAUCAUCUCUGGUGACCCCCAUUACAACACCUUUGAUGGUAAAUACUACUCCUUCAUGGGACUCUGCACCUACACGCUGGCCCGCACCUGCAGAAACAACACUGGCCCCUGGUUUUCAGUGGAAGGUAAGAAUGAGCAGAGAGGAGUCCCUGGUGUAUCGUAUCUCAAGAAGUUGUAUGUGACUGUUGAUGGCAUCACUGUGAUGAUGAUGAAGAGCAAAACCAUUCUGGUGAACGGACUGAAAGUAGGCCUUCCUCAUUCACCCUCUCCACUAAUCUCUCUGACCUUGGCUGGGCAGUAUGUCAUUCUCACCACUCCCUUCGGCCUGGAGGUGCGCUGGGAUGGCAACCACUACGCUAAGAUCACGGUGCCCAGCACCUACUAUGAGCAGAUGUGCGGUCUGUGUGGAGACUACAAUGGAAACCCCAACAACGACUUCACCAAGCCAAAUGGUUCUCUGGCCAACAACGCAAACCAGUUUGGCAACAGCUGGCAGACUGACGAGGACGAAGAUGAGACGUGCCAGUCUGAGGUCCCACCUGAACCAACAUGUGACCCAAGCCUGGAGGCUGAAGUGUCUAAACCAGAGAAAUGUGGGAAAAUCACAGACUCCACUGGACCAUUCAGGGAUUGUAUAAAGGUGGUGGACCCUCUGCCGUUCUUCCAGAGCUGUGUGUAUGAUAUGUGUCGCUAUCAGGGACUCCAACAAACCUUGUGUGAUCAGCUCCAAGCUUACACUGACGCUUGUCUCAGUGCAGGAGCACCAGUUCACCAGUGGAGGGAGCCAGACCUCUGCCCUCUGGUUUGUCCCCCGAACAGCCACUACUCUACAUGUGUGAGUUCUUGUCCAGAGACGUGUGUAGGUGUGAGCGGACCCCCUGGCUGUGGAGAGAAGUGUGUUGAAGGCUGUGAAUGUGACCCCGGCUUUGUCCUGAGCGGCAGCCAGUGUGUUCCUCUCAAAGACUGUGGCUGUGUGGACUCUGAUGGCUCCUACCAUCCUCUAAACGAGAGCUGGUAUCUGAAGGACUGUGAGCAGCAGUGUGUGUGUCUGGGUGGAAAAAUCAUCCAGUGCUACAACACCAGCUGCCUCUCUACAGAGAGCUGCGUACUGCAAGAUGGAGAGUACAUCUGCAAACCGAAUGAUACAGCAUCAACACCUCAACCAACAACUCCAAAACCCACCACAGCUGGACCUUCGACACCAACACCCUCAACACCUCAACCGACAACCCCAAAACCAACUACAACAACAACAGCACCAGUGAAGUGCCCUGAUAAUGCGGAGUACAUAGAGUGCGGUCCAGCUUGUAUUCCCAGCUGUAAAGAACCCUCCACCAACUGCACUGGCUCCUGUAUCAGCGGCUGCUUCUGCAAACCAGGUUUUGUGUUCCGGGGCAGCCGCUGUAUUCCCAUUGAGCAGUGUGGAUGUCUGGAUGAUGACAACAACUACUAUGAGCCUGGAGAGAUUGUCUUUGGGAAUGGCUGCUCCAAGCUGUGUCGCUGUGCUGGCAACUACACCCUGAGCUGUGUGGACAACACCUGUGACCCCACAGAAGAGUGUCGGGAAGUGGGAGGAGUCCAUGGCUGCUAUCCUAAAGACACCUCCAUCUGUAUUACUACAUCUGACCCCCACUACACCACCUUUGACAAACGCAAUUAUGACUUCAUGGGCAACUGCACCUACUUGAUGUCUGAACCGUGCAACAGCACAGAUGUGCCUUACUUUGCUGUUUACGCUGAGAAUGAGAAUCGCUUCAACAUCCCCACAGUCAGCUAUGUUAGUGCUGUCCAUGUCCACGUUUGGGGAGUGAAGGUGUCCAUCCUGAAAGGAGGAGUUGUGCAGCUGAACGGAACGAAUGUGAACAUUCCUUUGAGUCCGGUGUCUGGAGUAGAUGUUUUCAAAUCUGGGACACUCUACACAGUGGUCAUGGACUUUGGCGUAACUGUUCGUUAUGAUGGUAACCACUACAUGGACAUCAAAGUCAUCAAAGACUAUCAGGACAAGUUGUGUGGCCUGUGUGGUGACUAUAAUGGCAACUAUAAGGACGACUUCCGCACCCCCUCUGGUGAACUGGUCAACAAUCCAACUGAGUUUGGCAACAGCUGGAACACAGACCCUGACUGCAACAAGACCCCAGAGGUCCCACCCCCUGGCUGCACAGAAACUGAACAGGACCUUUAUGAGAGUCCAGCAUACUGUGGUAUCAUACUGGACAGCAAUGGUCCAUUUGCUGUGUGCCACCCAAAAGUCAAUCCUAAUAGUUUCUUCAAAAACUGUGUAUAUGAUCUGUGUGCGCUGGGCGGCCCUCACUCUGCUUUGUGUGAAGCGAUUGAAGCCUACGUCAACGAGUGCCAGGACCGUGGGGUCAACAUCGGUGCCUGGAGAAACAGCACCUUCUGUCCUUUCAAAUGUCAACCCAACAGCCACUACGACCCCUGCGUCUCCCCUUGCCAGCCUUCCUGUACCCCUCCCCCACCAAGUCAGUGCACUGGACCCUGCUCUGAGGGCUGUGUGUGUGACCCUGGCUACUUACUCAGUGGUGACAAAUGUGUGAAACAAGACACGUGUGGCUGCACGUAUGAUGGACAGUAUUACCAGCCUGGGCAGGAGUUCUACACUAAGGACUGUGAUCUGCUGUGCAAGUGUAAUCCUCCGAACGUCACCUGCAGUGCUGCUGAAUGCCCACCCAUGCAGCAGUGUGGUGUGCAGGGAGGACAGAUAGGAUGUUACCCAGUCGACUUUAAGGAUUGUAUCAUCUCUGGUGACCCCCAUUACAACACCUUUGAUGGUAAAUACUACUCCUUCAUGGGACUCUGCACUUACACGCUGGCCCGCACCUGCAGAAACAACACUGGCCCCUGGUUCUCUGUGGAGGGGAAGAAUGAGCAAAGAGGAGUCUCUGGUGUGUCGUAUCUCCGGAAGUUAUAUGUGACUGUUGAUGGCAUCACUGUGACCAUGCUGAAGGGUCGAACCACUCUGGUGAACGGACUGAAAGUAGGCCUUCCUCAUUCACCUUCUCCUCUAAUCUCUCUGACCUUGGCUGGGCAGUAUGUCAUUCUCACCACACCCUUUGGCCUGGAGGUGCGCUGGGAUGGCAACCACUAUGCUAAGAUCACUGUGCCCAGCACCUACUAUGAGCAGAUGUGUGGUCUGUGUGGAGACUACAAUGGAAACCCCAGCAAUGACUUUACCAAGCCAAAUGGUACCCUGGCUGACAACGCAAACCAGUUUGGCAACAGUUGGCAAACUGAUGAAGACGAGGAUGACAUCUGCAAGCCUGGUAACACAACUAACCCACAAUGUGACCCAAACCUGGAGGCCGAAGUGUCUAAACCAGAGAAGUGUGGGAAAAUCACAGACUCCACUGGACCGUUCAGGGAUUGUAUAAAGGUGGUGGACCCUCUGCCGUUCUUCCAGAGCUGUGUGUAUGAUAUGUGUAGUUAUCACGGACUCCAACAAACCUUGUGUGAUCAGCUUCAGGCUUACACCGAUGCUUGUCUCAGUGCAGGAGCACCGGUUCACCAGUGGAGGGAGCCAGACUUCUGCCCUCUGGUUUGUCCCCCGAACAGCCACUAUUCCACAUGUGUGAGUUCUUGUCCAGAGACGUGUGUAGGUGUGAGCGGACCCCCUGGCUGCGGAGAGAAGUGUGUUGAAGGCUGUGAAUGUGACCCCGGCUUUGUCCUGAGUAAUGACAAGUGUGUUCCUCUCAAAGACUGUGGCUGUGUGGACACUGAAAGCUCCUACCACCCUGUAAAUGAGAGCUGGUAUCUGGAGGGCUGUGAGCAGCAGUGUUUGUGUCUGUCUGGAGGCAUUAUCCAGUGCUACAACACCAGCUGCCUCCCUACAGAGAGCUGUGUUCUGCAAGAUGGAGAGUACAUCUGCAAACCGAACGAACCUACAGGUCCAGGAAUCUGCUCUGUCUCUGGGGACCCUCACUACACCUCUUUUGAUAAGAAGGUCCAUCAUUUCAUGGGUGCCUGCUCUUACACCCUCACCAAGCCCUGCAAUGAGACCACUGGUGUGCCGUACUUCACUGUCGACACCCAGAACGAACACAGAGGCAAUAACAAGAAAGUGUCCUACGUGAAAACAGUCAUUGUCAAUGUUUAUGGCAUGAAGAUUAUCCUUGACAAGGGCCGUAAAGUCCAGGUGAAUGGCGUUCAGGUGACUGUGCCUGUCACUCUCCUGAAUGGAGUUAAGGUCUUCCUCAGUGGGAAGUUUGUGGUGCUAGAGACUAACUUCGGCCUGCGUGUCCGCUUUGAUGGCAAUCACCAUGCUGAUGUCAGCCUUCCUUCAUCUUACAAAGGCCUGCUGUGUGGAAUGUGUGGAAACUACAACAAUAACCCAGAUGAUGACAACAUCAUGUCAGAUGGCAAGCCCACAGACAGCACCAAUGAGCUAGGGGAGAGCUGGCAGGUGCCUGACGAGAGACCUGAUUGCACACAUGGAGGUGGAGACGUUGAAUGUGAUAAAAAUAUUGAAAGUGAGGCACAAAAACCCACCAGCUGUGGAAUGAUUACUGACCCUAAUGGAAUCUUUAAAGAAUGCCAUGAAGUUGUGCCACCCACUCCAUAUUUUGAGAACUGCGUGUUUGACCAGUGUGGCACAGAUGGGUCUGCCGUGGCACUCUGCCAGGCUGUUGAGACCUAUGCUACCUUGUGUGCCCAAGCUGGGGUGCCCAUCAACUGGAGGAACAACACCUUCUGUCCCCUGAAAUGCCCCGUUGACAGUCACUAUGAGUACUGUGGUACUGCGUGCCCUCCCAGCUGUCAGGAUCCAGGCUCAGCUGGCACGUGCACAGAGCCAUGCGUGGAAGGGUGUGUGUGUGAUGAAGGACUGAUACUCAGUGGAGACAAGUGUGUGCCCUUCAGUCAGUGUGGAUGUACGGACAAGGACAGCAACUACAGACCCGUGGGAGAUAGCUGGUUUACUAAGGACGACUGUUCUGAGCGCUGUGUGUGCUCUCCUUUUAACAAUGUGACAUGUGAAGCAUGGAGAUGCAGCCCUGCACAAGAGUGCAAGGUCAACGAGGGACAACUUGGCUGUGUGGAUACAGGAGUGGGAAUUUGCCACAUAGCCGGCGAUCCUCAUUACUACACCUUUGAUGGGAUCAUGCACACGUACAUGGGCACAUGUACCUACACACUGGUGGACAUUUGCGACAGCUCCAUGGUGACACCCUUUACCAUCAUUGCCAAGAAUGAGGAACGUGGCCUGCCCGAGGCCUCCUACGUCCGCUCUGUCACCGUCUACCUGCCCGGAGCCAACAUCACACUCAGCAAAAGCAAGAGAGUACUGCUGGAUGGACAAAGGAUCCGCACCCCUAUGGACAUUCCUGCAGCCAAGGCCCAGGUGUUUACCAGCGGAGUCAACAGUGUGCUGGCCACUGAUUUUGGCCUGAUUGUCCAGUUUGAUGGAGUUCACCACAUAGAGAUCACUGUACCUGGAGAUUAUUUCAACAAGGUGUGUGGUAUGUGCGGUAAUUACAACGGUAAUUCCAGUGAUGACAAUUUGAUGCCUAAUGGCCAGCCAGCUAAAGAUGUCAUAGAGUUGGGUGACAGCUGGAAAGCAGAGGGUGACAGUGACCCAGGAUGCCAGCCAGACUUGCGCCCAGAUGUCCACCCUAACUGCACGGCUCAGGAAGAGGAAGCGAUCAGGGCUCAGUGUGCCAGCGUUAUCCUCUCGGACCGCUUCAAGCCCUGCCACUCGCUGAUUCCACCUGAGCCCUUCCUGGGGAACUGCAUCUACGACAUGUGCGAAUACAAUGGCAUGCAGUCCACACUGUGUGACAAUGUGGAGGCUUACGCUCAGGCCUGCCAGAGUGCCGGUGUCACCAUCAGCUGGAGAAACACCACCUUUUGCCCUCUCCCCUGUCCUCCAAACAGCCACUACUCGGACUGCACGCCCCCCUGCCCCCCCACAUGUGCUGACCUCUUUCCAAUCUUCUGCCCCCUUCCACCCAAUGGCUGUGUGGAGGGCUGCCAGUGCGAUGCAGGCUUUGUGCUGAGUGACGGCAAGUGUGUAUCGCUCUCCAACUGUGGAUGUGUAGACAGUAAAGGACAGUACCAUGAUGUUGGAGAUUCGUGGGUGACAGAGCACUGUGAUCAGAAGUGCACGUGCAGUCUGGGAGGAGUGCUGACCUGCAUUGACUUCCAGUGUAGCUCCAGCUCCAUCUGUGCACUGGAUAAAGAUGGAGAGCGCUACUGCAAACCUGAGAGUUUUGACAAGUGCAUCAUUUCUGGAGACCCACACUACCGCACCUUUGACAAAUUCAACCAUCACUACCAGGGCCCACACACAUACAUCCUAACAAGGGAUCAUGAUCUGCCCAGCUCCCUCACGCCCCUCACUGUCAGAGGCAAGAAUGCCCGCAGAGGGGGCAACAGCCGCAUUUCCUUCCUGCACGAGGUGUAUGUGGAUGUGUAUGGCAUCAGUGUUCGCAUGCUACAGAAGAGGGCUCUCCAGGUUGAUGGCGAGCGAGUUUUCCCUCCCUUAAGUCCCAGGCAGGGUAUCAAGAUCACCUUGAAUUCACGCUACCUUCAGCUCUCCACUGACUUUGGGCUUACAGUGCGCUUUGAUGGCAACAUGCAAGGAGAGGUGAUUCUUCCAAGCACCUACAGGACGUAUGUGCGCGGCCUGUGUGGGAACUAUGACCGUCGCACCAACAACGAGUACAUGAAACCUGAUGGCACCCUCACUCGCAACCUUAACGAGUUUGGAGACAGCUGGAGAGUGACAGACAGACAAGGGGAGGCCCUCCGUACCUCAGACCUGCCACAACUCGCUCGCUUGCACAGGAGAGAGGUGGAGGAAGAUCCGGGCUCUGGCUUUGAGACAGACGGCUGCUCUGCGGAUCAGCUGGUUGAGCUGAACGGGAAGAAGCAGUGUGGAGCGCUGACUGACCCCGAAGGCCCCUUCACUGCCUGUCACAGCAUCCUCGCUCCUGAUAUGUUCCAGGAGGACUGUGUGUUUGACCUCUGUGCAGAGCAGAGCGAUCCCACACUGCUCUGUGAGAACUAUGCUGUGUACGCCCUGGAUUGUCAGGAGCAAGGAGUUGAGCUAGGGAACUGGAGACAAGAACUGGGCUGUGCUCUGGCGUGUGGUGCCAACAGCAGCUACACCACCUGUAUGACUGCAUGCCCAGCAUCAUGUGCAGACCUAGCAGCACCCUCAGAGUGUGAGCAGACCACAUGUAUAGAGGGAUGCCAGUGUGCUGCUGGAUACACCAUGAGUGACAACGAGUGUGUUCCUUUCAAUGAGUGUGGAUGCACCUACCUGGGACGCUAUUACUCUUUGAAGGAGACAUUUGUGACAGAGGACUGUGCUCAGAGCUGCGAAUGUACCCCCACCGGUGCGGUUUGUGAACUCAAAGGCUGUGGUGGCACAGAACUCUGCACCAUCUAUGAGACCAGACGCAACUGCUACGAGAUGAGCCCGUGUCUGAGCUCUCCAUGUGAGAACGGCGGUACAUGUGUUAAAACGUCAGAUACUGCCUACUCCUGCGUAUGUCCAGAGGGCUUUGAGGGGACCAAUUGUGAGAUGGAGAAGACAGAAUCUGUAGGAGGUCUAGAUAAGACAAGCAUUAUUCUGAUUGGAGUCUUGGUACCACUUGCCAUCAUCAUUAUUGUCACUCUGAUCGUGUGCCUCUGCAAAAAAUCAACCAGGCACAGGAAAAACAGUUAUGAUACUACUAGUAGCCACAGUCUGCAGCUGAAAAAGACAGAUCACCCCUAUGAAAAUCUGGAUGAACGCAAGAAGAGUGUAGACAGCACAGUUUUACAAGCGUCAACGUUCUGAAGGAGGAAGAUGCUCUGAUUUAGACAUGAUUUCAUAUUUUAUUUAUUGAGUUUUGAAUGUAAUGCUGUUAAAAAGCCCUUGAACAAGAGCAACUACUCAAUUUGUGCACAUUGUUUUGUAAUCAGAUUUAACUUAUUUGUAAACUUUACUGUAAUUGUUGCUGUAAGUUACUUUGUCUGUACAUACCUUACAUGAAUGAAAUAAUGAUGGUACUGAUUGUUACUGUGGUAAUCUGUGAUAUUUUAAAUGAAAUUUUCCCAAGGAAAAUAACAAAUUAUGCCCAUCUCCGUUUAUUCAGUUCUUUCAAGUGCAAUAACCCAGGAGGUGAUGAAUACCACACACUUUCACAAACUUUAAACACUUUUUUUGUGAUGUAAACACUUUAAAUAACAGGAUUUUAGUCAAAGCAACAAAGCAAAUAAAGUUUCUAACAUAUGA